UUUCUUUCCUUCUAGUUUUUUCCAAGACCCAUAGAGUAUCAAUUUAGAAAAGUAAGAAAUCAUUUGAACCCCAGACCAACAACAUAUGGAUUGUCAUUCAUGGAAUGAUUUCAUAAUGCAGCACUCCUCAUCCAGUGACCAUGAUUAAUUUCCUUGUUAGGAAUGUAUCAUAUCUACUCAAACUGGCCUUCUGCUUUAAUCCCUGUAUAGUUUUAUGACUCCCUUGGCAUACUACUAGCAGGAGUCUGCAUGAUGUACUAAGUUUCCUGCGCCUAUGUUUUCCAUCAUCUGUGCAACCCAAUUGACCUUCAAUUCUUUCUUCUCCUUCCUCCACAAUUCUCUAGUUCUUCUCACCAUGUCCUCAACCCUCCUUGUAUUCCAAACUGAUGAGUCUUCAGGUCCCAAAAGAACGUCCAGAUGAAAGUACAUUGUCUGCCCUAAUGCAGCUUGCUUUCCAGAUGAUUUUAAAAGGACAUCAUGUAUUUGAAUUGUGACUACUAUUUCCAUCUUCCUCUCUUUACUUUUCUUGGGGAAAUACUUCUCAGAUAAAUGAAAGCAUUACUUCGCAAGGUGGAGCUUGUAUUAAUUGCUUAAAAUCUAACCACAGAUACAUUUUCCACAAGUCAGCAGCUUUUUCUCUUGUUUUAGAUAUUUUGGAUAGACCAGAUUAACAGAUGAGAAUGGGAUCAUCCGCAUGUAGUAAAGCAAUUAAAACAAGCCCACAACACCCACCGACAAUGGAGCAGCCAAUUUCAAGUUUCAACCACUUGAAAAGUUGGUUGUUCAUUAAUCAAUAAUCAUAACAUCAACACAAUAAAGCAAUUCUAGGCUUCUGAUUUCUACUUGCAAUCGCCUAAGAGUUCUCAUAAGCCAUACCUUCCACUUUCUUUUUGUCAUGUUUUGCAAUGCCUAAGAGUUCUCAGUAGCUGUUCAAGAAGUCUUUCUCUCACUCGCCCUUUCCCAUAAGCUUAAUUUUCGGGUGCUUGACAUGGAGGAAACUCAAUAACUGCAACUCCAAAUUAUGGGUUAGUCCAUUUUUCCAGAUAUUUCUGGUUGAUUGAUGAGGAAACUGAGGAAAACAGAAGAUAAAUAUGAGUUCUAUGCUUUGUGUUGCUUUGGUUUCCAAAAUAUGAAAACUCAACCAAGCCAAGCAAAAUAGUUGUGUUACACUCAGUUGAGUGGAGGUUUUGAUUCAAUGAUCUAGAAUCCUUUUCUUAGCAAUCAAAUGGACAGCUCUUAAAAUUUUCCUUUCAGUCAUCAAAGCUUUAGGGUAAAUAUAAAUAUUAAAAAAAAAAAAACAAAAACAAAAAGAUACUAGACUUCAUAUGAUCUUAGGACAGUGCAGUUUCUAAUCUCAAAUCUUCUUCGGUCACAGAAUAGGAGGUGGUGGAUGUUUUUUAGUUAGCCCAUCCGACAAUAAAAUUGUUGGGUUGGGGGAUGCAGUGACAGUAGUUUGGGAUAUCACACUGGGCUGAGGGAUACUUAACUGCAGAAGGGGGAUAGGGAACACUGUCGGAGAGACUUUGAGCCAGGGAAGUUAUGUGGUGAUUUUGGCUUGAACAGCUAAAGCUUGGCACAAACUUUGAGCCAGUGGAACUGUUUCUGGUAUUUGAUAUGAAGGGGAAAAAAUGCAAGCCAAUUUAACAGAUAAGGAUAGGAUCAGCAGUAUACAGAUGGUCAAGAGCAAUUAAGACUGCAGUUGCACACCGACCAAUGAUGGAACUUCUAUUAACUAAGGACAAGGGUAGAUGCUAUCCAGUCCAAAAUAAAUUUAUAGUUUUGCACCAAUCAGUAACAAAUCCAACGAACUUGAGCAAAUUGAUUCAUCAUACCGAAUAAGGCAAAGAGUUGGACUAGGCUACCCAUUGUAUGAUGCUACACACUAGUGUUGAUUGUGAUGCAGCUACUUGUAUUUGUGUUCUGCUCCUCCAUGAGAAAAAACCACAUAUAAAACUGAAAAAUAUAGUUGGACUAAGGCUUUGCAGCAAUGUGACUGGACUUGAAAGGUUCUCCUGCUAGAAUUUUCAGCUACUGUCAUCUUCUUCAUGCCUGAAUUCCUUCUUACUGUAAUUUUUAUUUUCCCUUGUUUAGCUGUCUCUCAAGCUCUGUCCCUGGCUUAAUCAUCUAGGAGUUUCAGGGUCUUUGACAUGGGGGAAGCUGCAGAACUGCAAGUUCAAAUCAUGGGUCAGGAAGCCAGAGAAGAGAACUCUGCUGAAGGAAAUGUGGCUCUCCAAACAAUGGCACCGAGAAUCAGAAAGUAUAUGUGGUGGCUCCAAAUCGCCAUCUAUUCGCUUUUUGUCCUCUCUGGCCAGACAGUUGCUACCCUGUUGGGAAGAUUGUACUUUGAGAAAGGUGGAAAAAGCAAAUGGUUGGCAACACUAGUGCAACUUGCAGGUUUUCCAAUCCUCCUCCCCUUAUACUGUGUCUCACUGCCCAAAAGUCCCAGGACAAGUGAUAGCCACACAAGCCAACCUUCAGCCUUAGUCCUUGUGCUGCUUUAUGUCUCCCUCGGCAUUCUUCUAGCAGGAGACUGCAUGAUGUAUUCAGUUGGUCUCUCAUAUCUGCCUGUCUCUACUUAUUCACUCAUUUGUGCAACUCAACUGGCCUUCAACGCUUUCUUUUCUUUCUUCCUCAAUUCACAGAAGUUCACCCCUUUCAUAGUCAAUUCUCUAGUUCUUCUCACCACCUCCUCAACUCUCCUUGUAUUCCAAACUGGUGAUUCUUCAGAUCCCAAGAGAGUAGCCAAAGGAAAGUAUAUUAUAGGGUUCUUAUGCACUCUUUGUGCAUCUGCUGGAUCAGGAUUUGGGCUUUCCCUGAUACAGCUCAGUUUCCAGAAGAUUUUGAAAAGGGAGACUUAUACAGUGAUCUUGGAUUUGAUAAUCUAUCAGUCUCUAGUUGCAACAUGCAUUGCCGUGGUGGGACUUUUUGCCAGUGGAGAUUGGAAGAGUCUGAAUAGAGAGAUGGGGGACUUUGAACUGGGGAAAGUAUCCUAUCUCAUGAUUUUGCUUUGGACAGCCGUGGGGUGGGCAGUUUUUUCUGUGGGUCUAUUCGGAUUGAUUUUUGAGGUGUCUUCCCUCUUCUCCAAUGUGAUUAGUACUCUGGGAUUGCCUAUCGUUCCAGUUCUAGCAGUAGUAUUUUUCCAUGACAAGAUGGAUGGAGUGAAGGUGAUUGCUAUGUUGUUGGGAAUUUGGGGUUUUGUUUCAUAUAUUUAUCAACAUUAUUUAGAUAAUUCCAAGGCUGAAAAUACAAAUGUUGAUUAAGUUUCCUACAGAAGAGGUUCAUAGAUGAAUUAAAAGACAAGCUUAGUUGCAGUGAGACUAUUAAAGUUGCUUUCUUCCUCAAU